AUGUCCUCCUCUCGCAUCCUCCAAGACGACGAUUGGGUCGUCGGUGCUCCUUCCGAAAAAAAGUCUUCGCACAAACCUGUCUCUAGUCCUACUCCUCCUCCUUCAUCCUCGUUUUCCUCAGCUCGACUGACCAGGGCACCUCAAAAGCUAAACGGAAACAGCAGCAGCAGCAGCAACCACAACAAUAGCAACAGCCACGCCUACAUCAAAGGCACCUGCAACACAACCAGCGGCAACAGCAGCACCAACAUCAUGAAUAACGUCAUAAGGAGCUAUCCCUCCAGUCGAGAUACAAGACACGAAGCCUACGGGUUUUUUAGCACUGGCCAGAACACCCACCACUUUGAAUCGUACCUCUCACGCAAGGGACACCAGGACAUCCAACCAUUUCCUCAAGCAAGGUCAUCUACCGAGCGAGUCUCUGUCCCUUUGCCAGAAGGAACUGGGAAGGCUGCGGGAGUUUGGAAUGCUUUCAAUGGAUCGUACACUCAACAGGACUGGGCAAACUAUGCUCGCGGUCAAGCAGCACCUGGUGCCAAAAGGCCUACCAACAUAGCAUCAACAACAGCAGCAACAGCAACAGCAACAGCUCGAACGAAUGGACCUACUUCGACAGCGGUGGCUUCUCAUCAGGCACAGAAGCCGUCACUUUCGCCUUUGGCCAAGCCAUCCUCUGCCCAUGCCUCUGCUUCUUCUGCAGCUCGUCCCUCUUCUUCUUCUUCUUCUUCCUCUUCUUCAACCUCCAAGCCUUCAGCUGCUCCAAUGGCACCACCUCGCCCCCCUGCCCUUUUGAUCGAUCUGGAGUUCACCUCGAACACUCCUGUCACCCCUACCCUGAAUUCCAGUGUGUUGGCAGAUCUGAUGGACCUGGACUUUUCUCCUAUUACCCCCGCUACAACAACGACUACUGCGCCCAUUAUUGGUGCCGACAUUGGGACCGAGCCACCCAAGGAUUCAGCAGAGAAGGCCGCUGUGACUGCAGAGUCUACACUGAUUGACUUUUCGGACGCCUUCAGUGGCCCACCAGCCCUCAACGAAUCAAGAUGCCACUCCGCGUCGAGUGUGUCAUUUGGAGAUGCCAUUCACUCGGACGACCACAUGGCAGCGGGUGGAUACACUACCGGCAACACUGACUAUGACGACGAGGACAGCGACAGCGGCAGCGACAGUGGCAGCGACAGUGACAGCGACAGCAGCGAUGAUGACGACGACGAUCACCUCCAUCGCCAGUUUGGUGUUGACAAGAGCCUCCACAAUGACAAGGACGCGGAAUCUGAUGCCAAGGGUAUCUUUGUCGACUUUGCGACCUUGGCCAACCUCAGGACGGAGCUCUUGGACGCCAACGUCACCUGGGAGGACCUCUUGACACGGCUGAAGAGAGGCCACGCGUGA